GCGGAGCUCUGAGGCUGGCAGCGAUUCGGAGCCGGCCGUGGGAGCUGCUGCCCGCAGCGGUGCGGGGGGGACCUGCCAGGAUGGGGGCCGCUGCUAGCACCCAGCUGGGCCAGCCGUGAAGCGAGGAGGGUGUGGAGGAAGAGGAUGGAGAGGGGGGGGCGAAGGUGAAGGCAGCCCCCCCCCCUCCCCGCCCCAUCGGGCCGUCGCCAUGGCGACCAAUUUUAACGACAUCAUCAAGCAAGGCUACGUGAGGAUGAAGAGCAAGAAGCUGGGGAUCUACCGACGCUGCUGGUUGGUCUUCCGCAAAUCCUCCAGCAAAGGGCCGCAGCGCCUGGAGAAGUACCCGGAUGAGAAGUCUGCCUGCCUGCGGGGGUGCCCCAAGGUCACCGAGGUCAGCCAGGUGAAGUGCAUCACUCGGCUGCCCAAGGAGACCAAGCGGCAGGCCGUGGCCAUCGUCUUCCCCGACGACUCCGCCAGGACCUUCAGCUGCGAUUCGGAGCUGGAGGCGGAGGAGUGGUACAAGACGCUGUCGGUGGAGUGCCUGGGGGCUCGCCUCAACGACAUCAGCCUGGGGGAGCCCGACCUGCUGGCGCCCGGCGUGCAGAGCGAGCAGACGGACCGGUUCAACGUGUUCCUCCUCCCCUCCCCCAACCUGGAUGUUUACGGCGAGUGCAAGCUGCAGAUCACCCACGAAAACAUCUACCUCUGGGACACUCACAACCCCCGCCUCAAGCUGCUCUCCUGGCCCCUCUGCUCCCUGCGCCGCUACGGCCGCGACGCCUCCCGCUUCACCUUCGAGGCUGGACGGAUGUGCGACGCGGGGGAAGGUCUCUACACCUUCCAGACGCAGGAGGGGGAGCAGAUCUACCAACGCGUGCACAGUGCCACCUUGGCCAUCGCCGAGCAGCACAAGAGGCUCCUGCUGGAGAUGGAGAAGAACGUCAGGCUGCUGAACAAGGGCACCGAGCACUUCUCCUACCCCUGCACCCCUACCACCAUGCUGCCCCGCAGUGCCUACUGGCACCACAUCACCGGCUCCCAGAACAUGGCAGAGUCCUCCACUUAUGCUGGGGAUGCCUAUGCGGGUGCCCAGGCCAGCUCGGACACAGACCUCCUUAACAGGUUCAUCUUGCUGAAGCCAAAGUCCUCCAAGAGCGACCAGCCCGAAAGCAGGGAGCCCACAGCCUCCCUGUGAGCUGC